AAUAGGAAGCCCCAGCAAACGUUCGCCGCCAGUCUUGCGUCAAGUAGCACCUGAUAUCGAUUGAGGCAGCCUUUAAGUGCAACAGGGAACACGUAUGGUAGCCUCCUGCGAAGCUUAUUUGCAGCCCCCCUUUGCUUCUCCUUCCUUUUCUUUUUCUUUUAUUUUAUGUAAAUCGGUAUAGGUACCGACAUCGUUCAGUUGUAUCGCUAGAAUACUCCGGCUCAGUACCUAUUCAAACACGAGUGCAUGCUCGUUGCGUCGCUCUCCUCAAUUUUGUCGGUACACAAAUUAUUUGUCUUGAAUGUGCUGCUGCUGCUGCUGCCGAUGGUUAAUGGAAUAAUGAGCUAGUUUCCCGUCAAAAAAACACACACACACAGUUAACUGGAACAUUGCCAGUUGAUCCAACUUGAGUGAUGGACAGAGGUGACAACCGAGUGAAUAUUGACGCGCUUUUGCGGUUGUUCACUUGUCCAGGCUGCGGGAAUCCUGCCAACAAGCCGCCGCUAUUCCAGUGCGUCAAAGGUCACGUAGCCUGUUCCCAGUGUUCCGUCAAGUGCCGAGGCUCAUGUCCAACUUGCCGUCAACGUAUGACGACCGAACGCAAUUUUUGGAUGGAGGAGGCCUCCACUUUCAUCACAUUUCCCCUUCAAACAGGAACCGAUAGAAAUGGAAUGAAGCAUUGAAGAUUAGCGAGAGCAAACCCAGUGCGACUCCAUUUUUUCUCAUCCCGUGUUUCUUAGCAUCAGCACUACGCCAACUAUUUCCAUAUUUCGACGUCGACCGGGCCUCGCGCAGUCGUCAGUGGUUUGCCCAGCAGGCUGGCCGCCAGAUCCGUCAGCUCUUCUCGAUCUAUAUUUUUCGCGCUAUACUCGCAUCUCGUCAAGUUUCAAGCAGUAGUGUGUGUGGCUGUGGUUGGAUGCGAACUUUUCCUAGAAUACUAGAUGCGCAGUGCGAGUGCUAAUCACAAAGUUGCUUGAACGCAAGACAAACAACCCGGCCGCAGGUGAACGGCAGUCCGCCAAACAUAAAUUCCGGACGGAUACAAACAAACACAAAAUCCAUAAUAGACAAAAACCAACAAAUAAAAUCAGCAUCAAUCUAAAUUGAUCAUCAAUUAUACAGUGCGAGAUGGCCAAUAGUUCAAUGCCAAAUGGACGCGGAUACGUCGAAUGCAGGUCUCCAACCGCAGCUCUGGCCAGGCAGAGUAGCGUUCGAAAGUCGUCGGCGGGAGACGUGAGCGGAGCAGGCGCUCUGCCGUCGUUGGGCACAGCUGGCCGCCUCGUUGAUUACGACGCGUUGAUCAAACAUUUCGAUUGCCCCGUAUGCCACGAUUGGGUGACGCCGCCGAUCGUCCAGUGUCGGAAGGGUCACAUCGUCUGCGGCCCGUGUAAAUCCAAAGGCUUGAAAGCCUGUCCGAUCUGCAAACAGCGCUUCAGCGAUGUCAACAACUGGAUGAUGGAGCAGGUGUCUCUCGUCAUCGCUUUUCCGUGCAAGUUCCAGGGCAACGGUUGUCACAUCUACAGUGAACUGAUUCACAAGACAUCUCACGAGGCCCUCUGCUCUUUUCGACCCGUUUCCUGUCAGUACGGAAUCCGUGGAUGCACUCAGAUAUUGCUCUACCAUCUCAUGGAGAAGCACGUCCUAGAGUGUCGCUUCAGACCCCCCAAUCUUCAACAGCAGCUGAGCUCUUCAUCGCGCGACAGCUCCCACAAUUGAUCUGAGAUAAAAAACAAACAAUUGAAAAGGAAUUUAAUUUUUUCUGAUGACAAUCAAUAUGAGUUGACGCGAGGGUCAAUUUAGAACGUUACUCUGUAAUCCACGUUUCACAUUAUCCACAACACAACACAAUACACAGACAGACACACCAAAAAUUAUUACACACCAUUUCCGAUAUAUUUGUCAGCGUUUUACUCUCAACUACAUUUGUAUUGCUGCAUUAUAUUUCACUUAUUUGAAAAUAUACUGUACAUCCCCUUCGUUGAAAA